AUGUUGUUCUCCACUGUUGCCGUUUAUCUCUGCACUGCUCUUGGUUUCGCCACCGGAGUCAUCAGUGCCGGAUUCAAUGAGCUCAACGAUUUCGCUAAGGAUUCUGGCACCGUUGAAGCCAAGGCUGACCCACCUCUUGUCAGUUUUGACUCGUUCGGCAAUAUGAACCUAGUCAUAUCCUUAAUAAACAAGUAUCGUGUCGCGCAUCAAGCCCCUGUUGUCAACUGGAACUCCUCUUUGGCUAUCUACGCCGCGAAUGCUGCGUACCCUUGCAACUUCCGUCAAUCUCACGGACCUUACGGUGAGAUUCUCGCCGGAUCCACGACGGUCAACAAUCCAGAAUGGUUUGUUUGGUUUGUCUACGGUGAAAACACCUCCUACAACUUCAAGAAUCCCGACGUUACUGAUCCUCGCACCAAACACUUCACUCAACUCGUCUGGGCUGGUACCAAGCAAGUCGGUUGUGCAUUCGCCUCAGGUUGCCCAGAAUUGAAAUAUCAACUCUGGUGUGAAUUCUUUCCCAAAGGAAACACCGGUUCUCAAUUGGCUUACCGCAACAACGUCAAGCCUGCUGACAAGACCAAGGAGAUCCCUGCAAUGCCACCAACGAACGUCUAA